AUGCCGCUGCGCCAACGACUACUGGCUGAACCUAUGCAGCAGAAUCCAGACGGCUGCCGACAGUGGAGACGAAUGAGUCAUGUACGCCAGCAUCAAAACCGCCACCGGCGCCAUUCUCAUCAAGACGGCUCCGCUGAAGUCCAAGGCAGGAGAGCAUCUCGUCGGGAAAGUCUUUGCCUGCGUCGUCUUGCCAAUCCAGCAGUGUUCGUCUUCCUUGUGUACCCCGAGUCACAGUGUGGCUUCAGGGCGGGCCGAUCUACAGUGGACAUGAUUUUCUCGCUACGCCAGCUGCAGGAGAAGUGCCGUGAGCAGCAGAAACCACUGUUUAUCGCCUUUAUUGACAUAACGAAAGCCUUCGACUUGGGACUUGGUCAGAAUAAGCGGACUCUUCAGCCUCCUGGGGAGCAGGGCAGGAUGUCCGCCAAGACUGCUCCAGAUGGUCAAGUCCUUCCACGUGGACAUGCCCAGCACAGUCUGCUACAAUGGCGGGACAUCCGACGCCUUCCCUGUGAGCAGCGGCGUAAAGCAGGGCUGUGUCCUCGCGCCGACACACUUUGGGAUCUUCUUCUCCAUGCUUCUCCAGUACGCCUUCUCCGACUGCACGCGAGAAUCUACACCCGCACUAGAGCAGACGGCAAACUCUACGUCUACGUCCGUGAGGUCCUCAUUCGUGUGAUGCUGUUUGCCGACGACGCUGCGUUGACGUCCCACACGGAGGACAGUCCGCAAGAAUAA